AUAGAUUAAGUUAAAUUUAAGAUUUUGGCUUUUUAUUUAUAUUAGGCCUAUAUUACAUUUUAUUAAUUUUGUGCUAGUUUGAUCAACAGAACUGCACGAGUUAAGCUACAUGUGAUUAAAGAGCUCAUCCUCGAUUUAACAUCUUUAAUCCACAUGGGUUCACUGUUCUCGUAUGAUAAAACUCAGGUGAGAUACGUUGACUGCCCCGCCUCCUCAAGUCAGGUAAUGAAAACACAUCUUUACAUAACACUUGUUGAAUGAGGACUAGUAGCAGCCCAUUACUCGACCAUUUUACGUUUGUUAUCAUAGCGCUCUAAACGCGUGACACGUUCUAGUCUAAACGGACAACAGGAUGGUGAGCAGUCAGGUAGAGGCCACCGGGCGAGAUAUGUUGACAAAAGACACCGAACACCGCGACUAUUCCUACGACGGGUCGUCUCUGCCGGCAGAAUCGCCUUCAAAUGGAAGGGGGUUGAAACUACGGACUCAGAAACCGUCAGAGGACGGUAACGUCAAGCAGAGCUGCCAAACAGGCUCGAAAAAACACAAGUCCACAUCUGAAAAGAAAUACCUCGGAGUUAGAGUGAAAAUGCCAGUACGGGACAUUCUCCGAAAUAUUCGUAUUGCCAAGGGCAUUGACAAUAAAGAUCUGCAGGGAAUCAAAUCUAAGGCAUCUAAAGGGGAAAAGAAACGAGUUACCAUCGGUGGAAACCGGAGACGUUUUCUGAAGAAACAUCAAACAAAGGGUCUGGAAGAGCUUGCUAUUAUAGUAGAAGUGUUGGAGGAGGAUCUUAAGACCUGUCAGCCAUACAGAUCACCAAACAAACCCCAUUCAGCUUCAUCCUCUUCAGAGUUCUGGGUUGAAGAAGCAUACGGAAGCAACACAUACGGUCAGGAGAAUGAAAUCCCUCAAUCUCCAAGCUACUCUGUACCCUCUGAAACCUCGCCUGUCCAUUCUGCGUGCAGCCCUUACCCGUCCCCAUCUUACAGCCAGGGUACCGAUGUCUUCUUUGAGAAUCAUGAAGAAUAUAGCAGUUAUGAGUCAGAUGAGUACAGGUAUGAUGAUCUAUAUGGUAUGAGCUGCUCUGCUGCAAACUCAUGCGAAUACCAAGUGCCUUCCCCACAAGAAUCAUUCCAUGCAAGUCCCACCCCAGAAGUCUGGGAGUUCUCUCCAGAAAAGAUGAAGUGUCCACCAUGGCCACAAUCUCAACAGGAGGAGUGCAGCAGUAUGACCUUCUUCUGUACUCAAAUGGAAAGAGAGGAGAAUCUGCUGAAGGAGAUAUCUGACCAAGAGCUUCUUGCUGCAGACGAAAACGGAAGGAUUCUUUUACACAGAGUUGUUGAGGAGGGAAAGAGAUCCCUUGUGUAUGUUAUUGCCAGAAGGAUGAUGGCUCUGAAGAAACUAGAUAUCAAAGAUUCAGAGGGAAAGACUCCUCUUCAUCUUGCUGCACAGAAGAAUCAACACUUCAUGGUGGCUGAUUUGGUGUCACUCGGUGCAAAUAUCAAUGCGAAGGACCGAUAUGGGAAGACAUGUCUCCAUCUCAGUGCAGAGAAUGGAUAUAUUCGAGUGUUGGAGGUCCUGAAAGGUUUAAUGAGAAUUGGCGUGAAUGUUAAUUUGGAGGAAAGAGAUGCAAACGGGCUCAGUGCUUUGCAAUGCGCAGCAGUAGCUCUUAACCACACUGUGCGGGAACUAGAGCUGUACGAGUCUGCGGGCCAUCUUAGACUGCACACUCUUCGCAAGGAGCAGAUGAUGGAAACGCUCGAGUGCCUCCUUCAAAUGGAGUGCUUUAUACAUGCUCCGGAACAUGGUCGCCUCAAUACGAUGAACAGUGUUGAUUUCAAGCCGUGUGAAGAAGCAGCCUUCUUUGUCAAUUGAAAUCAAGGCCAUCAACAACGUGAUUUCGAAGUGGUCUGGCUCAUUUGCAGCUUCUUCUAGCAAGAGUUGUUUUCUCUGCCUGGCCACGCAGUACUGUUAACUGACGGUAAAUGUUUUUGAGUGAAUACAAGCUUUAACCUGCCAAUGAAGACAAUUAUGUACAUGUAUAUACACACAUAUUUUCGUUAUCAGUUACUUUUUUUUUUCUGUGGAUAAUGAGAAAAGUCUUCAUGGCAAGGUUAAGCUAUGUAUUAUGCAACCAUAGGUUUUGUUAAGUGCUCAGGGGAAAAGUGAGGUGUAUCACUAUGCAAAAACACAAUGGUUGCCCAUUAGCUGGUUUCUAUGAAACUUCCACUGUUAGUUACGUUUGAGUAGCAAAAUGUUAAAAAAAAA